AUGUGCUUUUGGAUUUUUCUGUUUCUGAUGUCAUCUUGUUCCUCGUUCCUGUGGACUCUUUUUGGUAAGCUACCACCUGAAAGUUUUCAGCGCAUUUUCAUUUUUCAGGAAAUUCUGGUUGUAACUUUUGCAGAUGCAUCACCAAUUGCUCGAAUCAAAAACUUUCCAGUACAUAUAACGCACCUCAAAAUAGUUAUCAGUAUAUCACACCGUCAGCUUUUCAGAGUGUUUCUCAGUAUCAAACAUAUUCAAAUCCUAGCAGUAUGUUUUCUAUUUCUCUUUUACUUCAUUCUAUUUUUUCAGCGGAGAACUACAUUAGUCAUGUACCCAUCAUCACAAGUACUUCGGCUUAUCGAGGACCACCUGCAGCAUCUCCCACUAGUCGAGAACAAUUACAGCAUGAUGACCAUGUUUACUCGACAAAUCAAGUUGCAUACUUAUCAGGUUUUCGUCAGUUUUGUUUUUGAAAAUUAUUUUUUUAUAGAACUGCGACCGGUCAGUGCCGUAGAGUACGGAAAUCGGGCACUUAGUCAACUGGAAGAUGAACUAGCGGCCGAAAAGUACAAGUUCAAUGCACAAAAAGAAAUUGAGAGAAAUGAAAAACAGAGACAAAACCGUAUUAGAGUGUUCAAGAUCAAACCACACAAGUCUCGAGUUAACUUCGGAAUGGUGGAAUGGCAAUCUUCUCAAGUGGCAAAAUGUGAGGUGUCCUUAUAUGAUUAUGAAAAAAAACACUGAGAUUAAGACACAAACGAAAAGACAGUGGAUAAAUUCAUAGAAGCUACCGAGUCGAAUAAUGUGAAUACGGAAGAAGAUUUUAAAGAAUUCAUUCCGAUCGAAAUCGGAAGUGAACCUGAACUAGCUGACGAGGAGCCAGCACGACCACCGCCCAAUGUCAGGAACAGAGUAAGUCUAUCUAUCUUUUUUCUAAUCGUCGUGACGCAAACAAUCACAUCUCUUUUCGGCAAUGUACCAAAAAACAUCAAUAUUUUUUAUCUGACUUUAAUACUUUUUAGAUUUCUCAUGACCCGAUUUUGGUUCACAGAAGGCGAUUCGUUUCAUGA